UCGGUAUCACAGCCGUUCACUGCGACCUACAGAGAAGCUCGCCGUGUAAACACAAGGAUUACGGCGUUUCAAGCUGGAGGCAAAUUUUUCUUGUUGUACAGAUGCUGUCAGCGAUUGUAACCUAUUGAUGCCUAUACGACAAGCGAUAUGAAUUGAUCAGAAUACGUCACGAUAUUUUGGCCAGGGAGUGUACAACAUUAUCAGUGCAGAUCCAUGUAAAGUGGGAAGAAAACGCUGUACACCAUGCAUCGUUCGACUCGACUUAAGAUCACAGAGCUCAACCCUCAUCUCGUGUGCGUCCUCUGCGGGGGAUAUCUGAUCGAUGCCACCACCAUAGUCGAAUGUCUACACUCCUUUUGUAAGACGUGCAUUGUCCGGUACUUGGAGAGCAGUAAGUUCUGUCCUAUCUGCGAUGUACAAGUCCACAAGACGAAGCCUCUGUUAAAUAUAAGGUUGGAUCACACCUUACAGGACAUUGUGUACAAACUAGUACCAGGUUUAUUCAAAGACGAAAUGACGAGACGGCGAGAAUUCUAUAAGGAUCAACCAAACGAUGCUAAUGCAGCCCUGGAGUUACGGGGUAAGGCUCGAAGCCCUGGAACGUGUAUCGGAGAGGAUGAAGAAGAAGAACAGAGAGAACGAGUCAUCUACUCAGAGGAUGAACAAAUAAGCCUGGCCCUACAGCUCAGUAUCAAUGGUAGACCGCCAAGCCGAAGUUUUGGAGAAAACGGCAAGGAAAUCAACAGUAAUGUGCACGAUUGCCGCUACCUAUUGUGUCCAGCCGCUGUCACGAUUGGACAUCUCAAAAAAUUCAUCAAAAUGAAGUUCAGCCUCUGUGAUAGAUUCCAGAUCGAUGUGUACCACACGGAUGAAUCGCUUAAGGACGAGUAUACAUUGAUGGAUGUUGCAUACAUAUAUUUAUGGAGACGGAGAGGUCCCAUGAAGCUUUUUUACACUGUCUACACAAACCCUGCGAAGCGGUUCAAGAAAUCUCUCUCCUGUACCGUGACGUCAUUGUUGGAGACGUCUUCGUGCAAACGGGACAUAGACAUUGACAAGAAAACCACAUCACAGGAAAGUGCUAUAGCCGCAGCGUCGGCAGUCUUAUCAUCAUCUACAAAAUCAUCACCAGACAUGAAGGCCAAAGAGCUUCCAAAAACAUCAGAACCAACUGUAGCUAAACCGGUAGAGCCUAGCAGAAGCCCGACAGUAUCCAGUACUGUUGUAACAUCUUCUACUUCAGUAGAAAAUGGAUUUCAUGCCCCGCAUACACCGACACCCCCAUCAUCAACCACUUCUCCUACAAAUUGUGUAAGAAGGGAGGGGAAUAAAACCCCAGAAAAGACAUUACCGAAAGAGCGAAACGGGACAAAUCCUGUUGUUCUCACCACGCCAAGAUUAAACGGUAUGAACUUGAUAUCCUCCUACCCAUUGAUAAACGGGAACGGUCACCAAAACAGACAUGACAGUAAUGAAGUGGCCCAAGACCUGAGCAUAAAAAAGAAAAGUCCUUCUAAGAUGCCUACAACUAACGGAAACAAACCGACGGCGCCAAAAACGAACGGCCUCCUCCCCAACGGAGAGAUUGACAGAUUCGCCUUCACAGAUGAAGAUGAUGAUCUGCCAGUCCCACCUCUGAACAGCCAUAAACUGCAUCAUCAAAUCAAGGCCGAGCCGGUCACAAUAGAAUGACACGUUUUAGACACGUGACGGUCAGUGACUGACACGUGCUUGUUAAUACCCAGAGAGCGUUUAAUUAUGUUGACGAAAAAAACAAUACGUUUCGGCAGCUUUUGUGUGACAUAUUAAUUUGACACGGAAAGGGUUCUUGAGGAAUGUUUUUGGAACGUAACGAAGGAUUGAGAAUCUUAUGGUUACUAGUGUUUGAUAUGUCCUAGACCGUUUUGGUUGGGAUUUGUGUAACUUGAUACUGACAUAUGUUGCAUGGUUCAGAUUUGUUCGAUUUGAAACUGACGGAAUCGGAUGGAUUCUUCUUUUAAUGCCAGAAAUGCAAAUGAGUGGACAACCGUUUCAUAUAAGUGUUUGAUUAACCGAUAUAUAUUAUAUUUUCUUAACGAAGCCUGGAAGUGAACGAACACAUUUGUUCUCACUGGAAUUUGCCUGUGAUUAAUUCGUCGUGUCGACACUUCCUAUUGAAUAGCAAUUUUUAACCAGAAUCAAUGUGAUCACUAUCUAGCGAAACUGAGGAAGUAAAUGUGUGUCAUUAGAUUAAGGAUGUGUUUGGAAUUAUGGUGAUAUGAAAUGUGUAUGCAACACUGGAAAAUUGUUGUGUUUUGAAAUACUUGACUGAAACGGAGGGAACUACACAAUGAGGUUUCGACAAUACUCGAUUAUAGUAUUGUGCUGAACAAUUUAUCAUUUAUAAAUUGUUCUUGACGUAUACUGUUUUUGACAUGUAUUUCUUUUGUUUAACGAAAACCACGUGCUAUAUUAUGAAACCAACAUUCGUUGAAACAUUGCCAGAUGUACUGUUAGGUUUUUACGUUGUGCUUCGUUCGUUGUAUAUAUAUUUAUUGGCGAGGAGUGCUUACCGCUCCGUCAACCAUGGAGGGAAUUUGCGUUUUAGAUGUAUUCCGGAAAACUCGUUGUGUAGGUUAUGUGUUCUGAAGUUUUCUGUUACACAGUGUUAACUGUUUUAGACAUAUUAAGAACUAAAAACAAAUGAAUUAUGAAUCUUAUGAAUCAUUUAUGACCGGAUCAACA